AUGAACGUGAGCUUUCUGUUCAGCCUCCCCCGCACCCUGGCGGAGUACGAGGGGGCGAGGAGGCUGCUGGCGGACGCGGGUGCGCUUUCUUUGGGGGAGCACGGUGCGAAGGGCGGCGUGGCGGUGCCUAGGCUGUUCUGCGGGUGCGACCCGGAGGACAAGUCGCUGGGCUCCGGCGGUGGCACGGUGCACCUGCUGCACGCGUGCUACGUGGACGAGCAGCGCCACGCACCUGCGCCCGCGAAGAAGUCGUUCCUGUCGUGGCUGCGGCUGGCGGACACCGAUGGCCGCGUGAUUGUGCACGCUGGCGGCCUGAGCCGCCGCCUGCCGGCGUACGCGGCGGUGGGCAAGGCGCUGCUGCCGCUGCCGCCGUGCCGGUGGCACCGUGGCAGCCAGCUGUCUCGCACGCUGCUCUCGACGCAGGUGCCGAUGUACCGGGAGAUGGUGGCGACGGCGCCGGCGCACCUGCGCACGCUGAUUGCGUGCGGUGACGUGUGCGUGGAUGCGAGGGGUGCGCUGCCGUCGCUUGCGCCGUUCGCGGAGAGCGACGUGCUGUGCUUUGGCAUUCGCGCCGACGCGCACGUCUUGCCGAGCCACGGCGUGCUCUUCACUGCGCGCGAGAGGCCACUGGACCUGGACUACAUGCUGCAGAAGCCGUCGCUGGCUGAGGUGCGCCGGCGCGUGGCGGGGGGCAGGCACUCGUUUCUGCUGGACGUGGGGAUGUGGAUGCUGAGCGACCGCGCGGUGGAGGUGCUGGCUCGCAAGUGUCUGGGCGGAGCGCUGGACGCGGAGGACGCGACGGGCGGCGGGCGCGACGGGCACCGCUGCACGGCGGUGCGCACCGCGUACGACCUGUACUCGGAGUUCGGCUCUGCGCUGGGCAGCCACGCGCCGAGCGCGGACCCGGAGAUCGCGGGGCUGAAGGCGAGCGUUGUGGAGCUGCGCGACGCUGAGUUCCUGCACUACGGGACGAACCGGCAGCUGAUCUCGGCGGCGGCGGCGCUGCAGAGGCGCGAGGCGGCGGCGCCGUCGUGGUGGUGGGGCGCGCCGUUCGACGGCGUGCUUGCGCCCGAGCG